CCAAGAUCCCACCCCGCCCCACCCCCCCGGCCGCGCCAUGGCCCUGAAGGCUGAGGGCGCCGCGCUCGACUGCUUCGAGGUGACGCUCAAAUGCGAGGAAGGGGAGGAUGACGAGGAGGCCAUGGUGGUGGCCGUAAUUCCGCGGCCCGAGCCGAUGCUCAGAGUGGCCCAGCAGGAAAAGACCCCACCACCCAGGCCCAGCCUGCUGGAGGCGGGCAGUGAUGGCUCUGAGGAGCCCAAGCAGCAGGUGUCUUGGGAGCAGGAGUUUCUGGUGGGGAGCAGCCCGGGAGGCAGCGGGCGGGCGCUGUGCAUGGUGUGUGGGGCCGAGAUCCAGGCCCCCUCGGCAGACACGGCGCGCGCCCACAUCCUGGAGCAGCAUCCUCACACCCUGGACCUGAGUCCUUCCGAGAAGAGCAACAUCCUGGAGGCCUGGAGCGAGGGGGCGGCCCUUGUGCAAGACUUUCGAGUGGAGCAGACGUCCCCACACCACUCAGACUCAGGCCAGGACUCCGACCCGGACCCUGCCAGGAUGCCAGCAGAGAUUGUCGUUCUCCUCGACUCUGAGGACAACCCAUCCCUCCCCAGGAGGACCCGGCCCAGGGGACUUCGCCCUCUGGAACUUCCUGUGACCCCUGUUCCAGAGCCAGUAAGCAAGAAGCCCCGUGGUCAGAGAUGCAAGGAGCCCUCUGGGGAAGAGCCAGUCAGGAAGAAAAGAGGCAGGCCUAUGACCAAAACCCUGGACCUAGACCCAGACCCUGACCCAGACCCCCCCUCGCCAGACUCGCCCACGGAGACCUUCGCUGCUCCCGCUGAGGUCCGGCACUUCACGGACGGCAGCUUCCCGGCCGGCUUCGCCCUCCAGCUCUUCUCCCACACCCAGCUCAGGGCCUCAGACCGCAGAGACUUGCCCAAAGAGGGGAGAGGGGCCGAAGGAAGCCUCCUCCAGCCGGAAAGCCCCUCCCCAGCUCCCCCUCCGGGGCUUCGCGGGACGCUGGAUCUCCAGGUCAUCCGUGUGCGACUAGAGGAGCCCCCAGCAGUCAGCCUCCUGCAAGACUGGUCCAAGCACCCCCAGGGCGCCAAGGGAGUGGGAGCAGGUGACGCCCCAGACUGGCCCGCGGUGCUGUCGGAACCCAGCAGCACUGUGGGGGCGCAGCCAGAGGCGGGGAGUGGCCUGUAGGUUCUUGCUUUUCUGGGAUGGGAGGGAGGGAGGGAGGAGGCAGUGUCCCCCUUGGGCUCAUCACGCAGAGCCCCCCAGCUCGGCCGCCUAAGUAGAACCAGGUGCCAAAGCAGGAUGGAGGAGAGGAAGGUGGGUAGCAUCUGCCAUGACUUGGGGCGCUGAGAAAACGUCUCCUGGGGGCGAGGCGGGGGACUGCCCAUGGCUGUCGUGCGGUAGGGCAUUGGGCCUGUGGAGAACACCCACCCGAUCCUUUUGCUGACCCCGACCUCUACUGUCCCCCUGACCUCCCGCCCUCUCAGCCCCCCCCCAUUCUCCCGCGGCACAGUGCCUUACACAGGAGGUGGUUGUGAACUGAGCCCCACUACCUCGGGGGACGCCUCCCCUCCCCCCUGCGCAGGCCCCCAGAGCAGGAGGCCUCCAUUACCUCUUCCCGCUCCAUCCCCACAGGUGGCCCACCGGUCACUCACUCUCCUGUUCACCUCUUUUCCUGUUGUAUAUAUCUCCUUUGUUGACAAUAAAUUAUUUUUUUUUAUGAAGAGA